UUUUAAUUUUAUUUAAUAAAAUUAACAUGCAAGCUUAUUAUUGUCAAGUUUUAUGUGCAGAUUUGCAGUGCUGUAUAGUUUCUAUUGUGAAUGUGUAAAACUUAGUUUUGUUACUUGUUUGUAGUUGUUUCAUAUUUUCAGACCCGAACCAGUUCCAAAUAUGGGAAUUUAUUAUUAUUGUUUAUUUUUUGGUUAAAGUUGAUUUACUUAGAUAUAUGAAACAUAUCUAUAGCACAUGGAUGUAUUAACACACCAUAUCUUUAAAAGAGGAAUUAAUGAAUUAUCAAUGUUUUGUGUUGUGUUUUCUCUCUUUAUUUAUGGAUUAUUUUCUGAGUGUUGUGAUGGGAAUGCUGUUUUUGUGAAGGAUUACGCCACCGACCUCCUCUUUCCAUUGAUUAUGAAAUGGAAUAACGAAGCCUUAGUCUUUAUACAUCUCCGACAUUUGGAUGUGUUUAUUUAUUAUUUUUCCAACUGAUGGAAUAAUUCUUAUAUUAUUUAAUUGAAAUCCAGUGGAAUAUGAAAUUCAGCCUGGAUUUAACCCUUUCCUGAGUGAGAAUGGAUUAAUUAAUCUGUUGUUGGAGUGAGAAUGGAUUAAUUGAUCGUUUGUUGAUCGAUUUGCAAUAUUUGCAAAGGAUAUGACAAAGGAUUUGUUUGUAUAGAGUGUUGGAUAUAACAAUGGUAUUCCCCCUCACAGUAUCUAUAUCCAAGGAGUGUAUUUACUUCAGGUCUGAAGACAAUGAAUCCUUUGACUCCUACUAUGGAAACAGCAGGUACCCUGGUAACCAUGGUGAUGAGAUGUACAGCAGGGGAAGACCAAGGGAGAGGUUUUCAGGAAGGGGAACAUUCAAAUCAUAUGAUAAUAGGGGUGGUUUCCAUGGGAGACCUAGAAUAGUAGACCAGUCCUCUCAAGAUGAGUUUGAGAAACCCAAACCUCCCCACUCUCCGACCCAUUCAACCUCACACAGUGGAAGUCGACACAGUAGUAAAAACAAGAAAGAAAAGCGGGUAUCUCGAUCAGGAAGUCACACCAGUAGCAGUAGCAGCUCCAGCGGGUCCUCAUCCAGCUGUGGUUCACGAUCUAGUAGUAGAAGUUCUAGUCGGGGUAGUACCACUCGAUCCCAUGCUUUGCCUCAAUCAACAUCAUUGGUCAAGAGCUAUCGCACAGAAUCCCAGGAGUCUGUUAACAGUGACAAGACUGGAGCCAAUGAUGAUGACAAGCGGCCCCGCGGAAUCUGUAUAAACCACCUACCAAUCAGAUCCACAGAUACAAGUUUGAGGGAUGGUUUGUUUCAUGAAUACAAGAAGUACGGAAAAGUCAAUGCCGUCUUAGUAGCAGGUGUGGGAGAGGAGAGAUAUGCCAUUGUCAGCUUCAGAAAACCUGAGGAUGCAGCAAAAGCAAUGUCUGCCUCACAAGAUAAAAUCUUCUUCGGUUCCAAGAUCAAAGUGAGCCAGCAUGAAGGCAUCGAGGUCGACGACAAUGAGUUCCGUCCCCCAGAAGCUGAGCUGGAUGAACACCACCCUAAGGCCACCAGGACUUUGUUUGUGGGCAACUUGGAGAAAGAUAUAUCAAACCAGGAGCUAAGAGAGAGGUUCCUCAAAUUUGGAGAUAUACUGGACAUUGAUGUGAAAAGGCAAGGAGCUGUGUCGGCAUACGCAUUUGUGCAGUUUACAGAUAUACGGAGUGUGGUGAAGGUGCUGAAGGAGAUGGAGGGGGAAGUGUGGGGCUCCAUGAAACUCAAGUUGGGAUUCGGAAAAAGCAUGCCCACAAACUGUGUCUGGCUGGACAAUGUUGAUCAGACCGUCCAGGAGAACUUUCUGAGUCGCCAGUUUGGUCGUUAUGGACAGGUGACCCACGGGAUCAUCGACAGAAUCAAGGGGAAGGCCCUGGUCUACUUCACCAAUGCUGAACAAGCUCAGUACGCUCUCGUGGAAAUGAGGAACAGAAUACUAAACAACAAGAAAAUUAUGAUUGACUUUGCCAGCAGAGACUGCCAAGUGGAAUUUUAUGAGCAGAUGGAAAAGAAUGGCCAGUUGAAGCCUGGUCUCCGUCCAGACGAGAGGAGGGGGUGGCUGUACAACCGACAGACCCCGGAGGGCCAAUGGGAAGCAAGCUAUGACAACCGAUCUGCCAAUUUUGUGAAAUUUACCAGUCCUGGUUUCCGAGGGCCACAGAGAUCUUCCAGAACGGCAGGACGGGGGGCAAGCCGCUACAAGGAGGACUUUCCCGAGGAAUUCAAGAGAACAAGAUCUUAUGAAGACUAUAGAUAUCCUGGGGAGUCGGAUGAUUUUGAGCAGGAUUUAAGAGCUUAUCAGAGGGAGAGACAGCAUGGAAGCCAGAGUCCUCCUCCCUAUGGAGAGGAUAUGUACAGUGACCCUGCCUAUCAACGGUCCAAGGAUUUCUACAAGUACGCUGAGUCCUAUCGCAGUGGAAGUCCUCACAGUGAGAGAACCUACGAAGGAUUCGAAUAUGAUAAAGUUCGCGGGGAGGAAAAAUACUACGGCAAAGAAAGAUCUGUCGCCCGCGAGCGAAGUCUUGAUGUGCAGUAUAACAGAAGCUGGAGUAGAUCCCCAUCUCACGGAGGUCAAAUUACUUUAACUAAGGAAACUGUGGGCCGCAACACUCCUCCUACUCCGAUGGACGAUGAGGCUCGAGACUUUUCGCGGGAUGUCAGCCCAGUGGAAGAGGGUCAAUCCAAGUUUAGUGACUCCAAAAAUAAAAGAAGGAGUGAAGACGAUUUCAACAUUUGUGAAGCGGAUAUAGCAGAGUUAUCGAGUCGAUCUAAAUUUACUGGUGUAUUUCAUAAGGAGCCGUAUGAAAGAAAGAGAUCGUAUGAAGAAAGUUUCAAUCAGGAUUAUAUGAAAUCUCCUCGGAAACACAACAGACAAUUAAUGUCUAAGUCAUCUGUGGACCGUAUUGAAAGUUCUAAAAGGGAUUUAUAUCAAAAGUAUCAGAUCAUUCAAUCGCGCAUUACAGAAAAACUCAAGGGUCGAAAUGAAAGCAGUCCCAGUUCGGCAAGUAGUGGAUCUGAGCCUGGACAAGUGAGUGAAGGCGGCGAACUGUCAAAUCUUCAGCAUGAGAAGGCUCUUUUACUUGAAAAAUUAAAGCAGUUGGAUAAGGAAUCUAGCACAAGUGAUAUUGAAGAAGCUUUUGACAUUGAAGAUCCGAGGAAAGUUCCAUCAAAACGUGCGAGACUAGAACCAAUGGGAGCUUGGGGAGAUUCUCAUCACCAACUACCGUCAGGAUUUGGUAGUGUUACAAACAAAUAUGAUUAUAGAGGAAUAGACUCAACUUCAAGUGUGAGAAAACAAGACAGUAUUCACAGUUUUGAAGAAAAGGAGAGGAAUAAAUCGUGCACCAGAUCAAGUGUUGAGGGAAGUGACCACGAGGAUUUUACUUCUUUAGUGUCUCCGAAGGAUGUACACAUUGGAUUUAUUAAAAAGAGAAAAAAGAGUGAACAUUCUGAGGAAAAUAACCGAUCCUAUAGAUCAAAGCAUGGUGAAGAAGAGGCUCAUGCUGGAAGUGAUACGGAUGAGUUUCGAAACGUUUCUAGAAUGGACCAAUUAUCUUCAAAUCCUGUGUUCAGAAGAUUGUCAAGCACUGACUCUUCAAGUCGCGCAUAUUAUCCUCACGAAUCUUAUAGUGAAGUGCAUAGACCUAAUGAAUCAGAUAUGUCGGGUGGUGAUGGAUUAUCUAUGUCCCAUUCGGAGGAGAGUAAGCAGCAUAAGAGAUCGGAUUCAACAAACAAAUCUCAUAGCCAUAGAUCUAAACACCGGCACAAAGAAGAGCAUCAGCCCACCAAGAUUCCUCUCGAGGAAGACUUUUCAAACUCAGAAAACCUGGAUCCCAGGAACCCUCACAGAAUACGUCAAUCGGUUUCUCUACCUCUGCCAAAAUUUGCCAAACUAGAUGCAAAUGUAAUGACGUCACCUGAUGUCAAUGAAUCACCCGUUAAUUCUAAAGCCGAGUCUCCGAGGUUUUCUUCUCCAAGCAGUGGAAGUAAAAACACUUCAUCCCCACAGAGAUCACCUAGUGAAUCGAAUUCAACCAAUUCCCAAGAAAAUCCUCACCAGGAAUACAUUCCUGAAGAAAAUCCAUCAGACUUGAACAAUGAUGCUGCUCCCAUGGAAUCUAUGGGAGAAAAGGGGGAAUUUGAUUCAGAUGGGAGUUCAGAACACAGUGACCACAAUGACAGUUUUGAAUUGGAUAAGAUCUCUCUAGAAGAGCGGAUUAGGAGACUUGAUGAAAAACUAAAUGCUGUUCCAGUACCUCAAAGCAGUACUAAACUAACCUCUGAAAUCAGCUCUCUGCCAACCAAUUCCACCGUGGUGGCAAAGUCGGAUCCCUUAGUGUCGUCUCUCUCAAGAACAGCCUUGUAUUCUAAAUAUAAGAUUAACAAAAAGGAGGCGACACCAGGAGCAGGGACAGAAGUAAAGCCUGGAGAAAACACUGAAGUCACCAGGAAGGUGACAUCAAGAUUCAGCAUUAUAGAUCAGGACACCAAGCGGUUACAGGACAAGAUACAGGAAAACUUCUCCCCAAAGUCCACACCACAUUUUGAUGAGACACAUAUAUCGCCUAUGACGCCACUUCGCACCAAAGGAGCUGUGAAAGAGAUGCCAGCACAAAUGCCACAUCUGGCUACAUUACCAGGGUCUUUAGCUGGAAGGCUAGGAAAUGGUGCUGCACCCUUUCCUACUCUAACAGUGACAACAUCAUCAACCAUCAGCAGGCCUGAUGAGGCAAUCGCUGUGGAUGUUUACAGUGCAAGCCCAAUGAUGAACGAUAGGCAGUGGCAGGUUGAAAGCAAUUCUCUCAAAACUCCAGUAAAGUCAUGGCAGAUGGAUUCAAUAUCAUUGCCCAAGAAUAGUUCUCCUGAUCAAAUCAGUAAAGAUAUGGCUUCAGGUCAUGUGUCUGAAGAAACUUCAUACAAACCAUUAAUAACACCAGCAUUUAAAAAGCAAAUGAGUGACAGUUUCCCCAAGACUGAUGAAAAAUCGUCUCCAAAAAAUUCACCAUUAGAACUUAACAAGUCACUUUCACCUUCACUGGAAAACAAAAGACAGUCUCCUGUUUCUAAUAUAUUGUGUCCAUCUCCAAAGUCUGAAGUCAAGUUACAAGAUGCUGGAAGUCAGAAAUCGAACCCAGACUUUUCCCAGUCCAACAGCUCGCAAACCUCAAAAAUGGAGAACGAUUUCUCUAUGGACGAGGGUAAGAGCUCUGACCUUUCAAAAGAAUUAAAGUUGGAUUUAUUGAAGGAAGAUCAAUUUGCAAAGACUGACAAAGAGGCGUUGGAUGAUUCCAUGGAUAUGGAAUGUGAAGAAUCAGAGAGCUUAGCUGGAAAAACAAAUCAUGAUACACAAGAAAUGUCCAAACCAAAGAACUCACCUCCAGUUGUGUUAACAAAGGCAGAAGUAAAAGAUAUGUCACCAGUAAGUUUAAAUGUUUCUGGAAAUAAAGAUAAGAGUGUAAAAGAGUCUCCAAAGAAACAAAAUUCAGAAAGUGCUGAGGACAUUACGGGUGUAAAUUCUACAGUGAUAGUUGGGAAACGGAAAGCUGAGACAGAUGAAUCUAGCAAACUUGAAAAUGAGAAGAAUAAAGAUUCAGUCACAGAACCCAAGUCUCUCAAUAAUAGUUCAGAUUCAGAAUCGCCGGACUUGGAAAAAACAACACAGGCAAAGAAACCGAAAAUUCACAAAACAGAAUCUCACAGCUCUGAAUUAUCAGAAAAAUUAGAGAAAUCAAGUAGCAGUUCUAAAACCAAAGACUCUCAAAAGAAAGAUAAGAAUAAAGAUUCUAAAAAGAAAGAAAAAUGUGAAGGAGACUCAACCAAAAAGGAUAAAAACCAUCAUGAAAGAAAAGACAAGGACAAAGAUGGAGGGAGAGACAAAGGCACUAGUUCGAGUUCUUCUAGAUUACUCUCAUCCAGCACUACCAGUAAAACAGAAAGUGAGAAAAACACCAAAACAGAGGAUAAGAAAGCCAAAUCUUCAAAGUCGGAAGAAAAGAAAACCGAGAAAUCCUCAAAAGUGGUGGGAUCUAGCAAGUCGUCAGAUGACAAGACAAAAUCUAGUGAGUUAAAUGACAAAAAUGUGAAGUCAACAAAUGAGAAAAAGUCAUCCUCAUCAGAAAAUAAAAAAGAUGCUGAAAAAGUGAAAAAAUCAUCUGACCCCUCAGCACAUCGUAAAGACAGCAAAUCCAGCUCCUCAAUGAAGCCUCCUAGUGAAAAAUCUAAAGAGAAAUCCAAGGACAGAUCCAGUGUUAAAUCAAAAGACUCUAGUAAAUCUGAUAAAAGUACAAAGGAUGGAACAAAUGAUAAACACUGCAACAAAACAAAGACAGAUGUAAAAUCAACUGAAAAAAUCACUAAAAGUGAAAACUCAACAUCAGCAGAGAAAAGUAAAGACGUUUCUGAAGAGAAGCAGAAGAAUGCAUUUACGAGUGACAGUAAUGCAAAGGCUGGGAAAUCGACUGAUGCUGAAAACAAGGGUAACAGCUCGCAUAGUUCAGAAAACAGUGAAAGAAAUGGAGAGAAAUCAACCAAUCCUGAUAAUGGAAGUUGUUCAAAUGCGCCAAGUGAUCAGUGCAAAGACAACAAACCGAAAGGCAAGCAUUCCACAAAUGAAAAAUCUGGGAAACCAAAGCAUAGGGAUGAAACACGAGUGAAAGCAAAAGAAAAACAUUCAACCUCAGAAAAAUCAAAGGACAAAGUGUCAAAGGAAAGUAAAAGUUCCAGCAAGAAAGAAGAAAAUAAGGCAGAAAAUGGAAAAGACAAUACAGAAAGAAAGACAGAGCCCAAAACUGAACAAACGGAGUCAAAAGCAAAACAAACAGAACCCAAUGAGAAGAGUGAGGAUAAAAAGUCUGAAAAUAGUGAUAGGAAAAUGUCAUCAAAAGAGAGCCAUUCAGAUUCGAAGAAGAAGCCCCACGAGUCUUCAAAACCAUCAGAUAAAAUGCACAAAUCCCACAAGCAGAAGUCCAGUAGUUCUUCUAGUGUAUCGGAGGAUGUUACAACCAGUGACACAAGUAAGAGUUCAAAAAGUGUUGAGAAAUCUAAAACGCCCAAAACUGAACACAGAAGUAAAAAUGACAAUGAUAAGACCGUGAAAAAGGAGAUUAAGGUCAGCAAGUCAGAAGAUGAGAAGAAAAAGCCAUCAAAGUCAUCUAAUGAGAAAAAGAAAUCCAGCAAAGAAAAUAAACCUAUUAAGUCUGUCACACCUAAGAAAAAAGACAAAAAGGAGGAAAAGAUAGAAGAGCACAAGUCAGCUGAGGUAGCCAAAAAAGUGGUGGCUGACGAUGAUUUUGAUUGGGAUGCUUGGCAAGAUGCAUCUAUGUAUGACAAGGUGAAAAGGAGAUCAACCAUCAAAGAUAAGGAGAGAGAACUGGAACAAAAUAGACAGAAACAGUUGGACCAACUCCAGGAACGAAGGCAGAAGAAGUCCAAGAGUUCAGUUCUACAGAGUGAUGUUAGCUCUACUAAUUAUUCUGAUUCUGAUGAUGUAGAGCAAAGCAAAAAACCCUUCAAUAAACGGAAAUCCAAGUCCAAGAAAAUUUACAGCUCAUCCGACACAGACUCGGACUUUAGGUCCAGUAUCUUUCCUUCAGAGAAAAAGCUGCAACCUCAGAAACCAAAAUUUGAUCCAUUGAAAAAAUCCAAAAAGGCAUCAGUUUUCAACAACAUUUAUUCCUCAGACUCAGAUGAAUCAACUGAUAGCAGCUUUACUGUUUCACCUGAAACCAAGAAGAAAACGAAACAUGUCAAGAAAGUGGCCAGUUUUGAGAGCGAUGAUGUGUUCUCUUCAAAGUCUAAAAAGUCUAGCAAAAAGGAUCAGGACAGCUUCAAAUCCAGAGUGUCGGCUAAGUCAGGCUCAGUGAAAAAGCAAAAUAUUUUCAGUAUAUUAUCAUCCUCUUCUGAUAUUUCAGACGAUAGUGAUUCAGAUUUGGAUUUCAAUAAGUUUAACAGGACGAAGGAAAAUAACAUGAAACCUUUCGAUAAGAAGAGCGUAACGCAAAAAUCCUCAGGUAGAAUUUAUUCUUCAUCUGACAGUGACUCGGUUGAAGAAGAGAGUAACAUUAUUCCAGUCCCCAAACCAAUUUCUGUGUCAAGCAAAGCCUCAAAGAACAAAACAAAAGAAAAGCAGAGAAAUCUAGAGGAUAACCUGAAGAAAAUGGGUGUAGGUGAAAACAAGUUUAUUGAGGAGAAAACAGCUUGUACAAUUGACAAAGAGACCUACAAAAGUCCAGUCAUCUCCCAUACAGCUCUUGAUAAAGAAGUGUGUGUGGAUAGUGUACUCGAAGCCGUAGAAAAGACAGAGAAGAACAGGAAGGACAAAAUGAAGAAGAAGAACAAGAAGAAAGAAAAGGAAAAUAUUCUGGUUGGAGAAGGCAAAUUAGAAAUUGGCAAGAACCAUAAGUUUGGUUUGUUUGAAAAAAUUGAAACUUUUAUGGCUCAAAGUAACUCAAAGGGGAAGAAGGGUUCACUGGACCAAAAGGCUGCUCCAGAGGAUAGUAAGAACAUGUUGAAAGAUGUCCCUGAACAUGUGGAAAAGCCAAAGGAGAGCAAGAAAAAGAAGUCGGACAGCAUGAAAGAAAGGGAAAUUAAAAAGCAAAUGUUGAUUUCGCCAAUCAUGUCACCUGUGAGUGAGUUUUCUGACAGUCUCAAUAUUGACAGUGUUAAACACGAGGAAGGUAGUGUGAUUGUCGAUGAGAUUCCUUUGGACGAGAAUUCGUUAUUGAUGGAUCAGCCCUGUGGUGCCGGUAGUGACAACGCCAGAAGUAUGUGGGAUGUUUCUGAAGUCAGAGAAAAAAUGAGCAGUGUGUCACCAGUAAUUGAUGAACAAGAAAAGUCGCCAGAGAAAACCUCCACAGAUAAUGAAGACAGUAAAGACCCCAAAGUGAAGAAAACGAAGAAAAAGAAAGUGGAUAAAGACAGUGAUGCAAGCUCGAAAAGCAAAAAGUCGGUUAAAUCAGACAAAGAUAGUGGGAAAGAGAAGAAAAAGAAAAAGAGUAAAGGCAAAGCUUGCUCUGAAGUGGACAAGACCAUUGACGAUGUCUCAAAGGGGAGAGAUAUACUGCUGUCAGAAAAUGGUGAAAGAGCAGAUUCACAUGGCAAGAAAUUGGAUAGCACAGCUACAGAUUUCUCAGACGUCGACUUGGACUUCAGUACACCACUGUUUGGAAAUUUUGUGCCUGAGAAAAUAAAACCAAACAGACCGUCUGCAAAGGAUAAGUCUGAAAAUGAAGAAACAGAGGGCGAGGUUUCCGAGGAGAAAAGGAAAUACGAUGAUCUAUUUGAUAUGCCUCUGGCAGAUGAUCUGAUGGACACUGGUAGGCAGGGUCCUGAAAACGUUGAGGAAUCUGCAGAUGGGGAGAGUAAAUCGUCUGAAGUUAAAUCUCAGAGCUCUGAUCAGAAAACACUUGAGUGUUCAGAUGCAUCAUUAUUCAAAAACCCGGAGUCUUCAUCAAAGAGCACCAAGAGCUCCAGUAAUGCUGAGUCCUCAUCAAAGAAUGCCAAGAGCUCCAAUAAGAGUGAGGGGAAAGAGCUGAAUGAUGUAAAAUUACCUAAUCAUGCUUCUAAGGAAGGGAAAGAUUACAUCACACCAGCCAAUUCAGUCAAAGCCAUGCUUGGUAAAGGCAGUGACAGUGCAAACCAGAAGAAAACUGCAGAUGUAUUUGACUUCCGGGAAGAAGAGGAAGAGGUAUUAGACAAACUCAAACCCCGCCAUGGCACAGAGAAAGAAAGCAGUCAAAAAUCAAAGAAAGCAUCGGAUUCCAGUAAGACUUCGUUUAAAUGGGACAUAAAUGAUAUAACAUCAAAAGAUACUAAACCCUCAUUUGAACCGAAGAUGACAAACAAAAUGGUCAAUCAUAAACAAGAGAGUUUGUUUGCAAGUUGGGCCAAAUCACUGGCAGAGAAAAAUGACAAGGAUCAAAACACCAAUACCUCAAGUGAAAGUAUAGUCAACAAACUGAAUAAGAAGUCAAAUGCUAUCAAGAAGCAACCCAAGGUUUCUGUCACUAGUGAAGGGAAAGAUGCAGAUCAUGACUUACAAUCCAAAUCAGUAGCUCAAACUGGACGUGAUGAUAGUUUUGUAGCUCCAGUGGAGGAGAAGAGUAAUGAAACCAAGAAGUCAGCAGUUGAAGAAAGUCAAAAGGAAACCAAAACUAAUGAUAAGAAACUGGAUGAGGUCAAUAUCAAAAUUGCAGAGACCAUUGAGGCUGUGUCUACAAUCCAGGAUCUGCAAAACGAAGAGAAGAGGGAACGGGAAAGCGAUAUGUUUGGUGACGAGGGGACUCUAGUGAUAGAUGAAACAAAUCCAUGCGUUCCUGAAGCCAUCACAGAGCAUCCAGCUGAGCAGGAAGCACCACAAGCAGACAGUGAAACUGCACUGGCCAUUCAGUCCAUAUUGGGACUAGAGGUGGAGGAUGCUACCAGUAAGUUACAGGAAUACACAGAACCCGAAGUUUCAGUAGAACCUUCAGUGCCUGACAAUACACCCACUGAGGGAAAAAUGGUGUCGGAGGAAUUGCUAGAGGAAACUCGUGUAGCAGAAAGUUUAAUUCCAUCUGCUGUCCAUCAGGAACCUGUGCAGAGUCAGCUGCCUCCUCAGAAUAUGAACUACUGCCCAGAACCUAUUCAGCAAGGUCCAGUUGCCAAUGUAAUGCCAUCUAAAGAGCAAGUUGACACAAUUUCACCUCAGAAGUUUGAUGACCAAAGGCAAAGGGGAAAGAAACAGAGGCCAGUGAAGACAGCUCCUCCUCAACCUGCUCCUCCUCAGCCUGCUCCUAUAGGAUAUCCUAAUGCUGUUAGUGAAGAAUGCCUGCAGGAUACACGCAAUAAAGAAGAUUCAGAUGAUGGGGCACUGCAUAUUGCUGAUAUUCCUCCUAUGUCACCUAGGGAAGCACAAGCCAGUGUCAUACAUCAAACACAUCAAACAUUGGAAACAAGAGAAGAACUUGUUGCUCCAGAAUUUGAAGUACCAGUACCUAGUGUUAAGAAAGCUAAGACUCGACGGAGGACGUCUGGAAAAAGCACAGAGGAGCUCAACUUUAUGCCUGUGAUCGACCAUAAUCAGCCACCUACCGUUGAUUUGUCUCUUUGUGCCCCAACAACAAGACCUGAACCAGAGCCAGAGUUAGAGACUCGUGUGGAAAUUCCAGGAUUGGCUUCUCCAUCUUUGAUGAUCAGUAACAAAGGAGAGGAUAAGGACAUAUCGAUGUCUGACUACACUGACUCGGAGAGAAACGAUGAUAGCGAAUUGGGAGGUGAAGAGACUAAGAGACCCCAAAGAGGAGGGUGUAGAAGAAAGAAUUAUAAGAAGAUGUCAGGCAUUUCGCCAAGAACCAAUUCUCCAAGAUCUAGAACUUCUCCAAGGUCACCGAGGGUAGCAUCACCCAAACAGCUCUCACCAAAGUCAGACAUUGCUGCUUCUCCAGUUGUGAAAAUAGAGCGCCUACCUUUGGCAAACAAAACCUUCAAAGCUGAUGAAGAACAGCCUCCUAAAGACAUUCAGCCAGCUCCAGCUCCUUCAACAGCAGUGAAAGAAAAUGUCUCCUUGAAAGACAUAAGGCAAGGAAAACCCUUGACUGCAGCUGUUGAGAUGGCACCCAAAGCACUAAAUGUCUACGAUUUUGAUGAUGUUGAAAGUGAGGAACAAAAUGCACCCAUUCUGAAGAGACGCUCUUCCAGUAGAAAGAAGAAGUCUGCGGAGGAAACUUUUGAGAGCAAAGAUACGGGUAAAGUCCUGAAAUCUGAAAUAAUGGAUACUGGCAUAAAAAUGACCAUAAGACCAACAGUAAGACAAUCUAAGGAAGCUGUGAAAGAGAAAGGAAAUGACUUUCCAAGGCUGAACGAGAUCCCGAUGGGUCACCCAGACCCUGUCCAGAGAGAGGUGGUACAUCCUGCUCACCCUGUGGAGGAGAAGAAGGCCAUCAAGCCAAGAGACAUCAUGAGUGCAGAGUAUCGAACCAGAACUAGUAGUAUUCCAAGCGCAAAGGAGAUGAGCAAGGUUCCAACAGCCAGUGAGCAGUCCCUGAUGGGUGCUCCUCAGCCAGCAAUGCCUCAAAUGAGUAAUGUUGAUCGUAUCAUUGACGAUGUUUCCAAAGGAUACUUUGACACACCUGACAAGGGCGAAGUGAGUUUACCUCAGCCAGCUAACAACAACUUUACAACCCCUCUGACUGUAGAGGUCAGUGCUUAUGAAAGGAAAAGAACCUCCAGUCGCGGGAGCUGUGCAGAGGAAUCAUUACUGAAGUCUCCGUCUAUGAAGUCUCCUUCACUCAAGUCGCCUCAGAUGUCGGCAGCAAAUCCAGCCUUCCAAAUGCCUACGUGUCUGGUCAAGUCUCCAGCCAACACAAUCUCACCAGUCAAUGCAAUGUACCCGGGACAAAGGAUUAGUGCAAUCAUGUCCAAUGCUGCUUAUCCAGGAUACCUUGCAGAUCUCCAGAACAGAGAUGCGAUGAGUCAUCUGAUGCCAACAACUCCCACUGUAUCCUCCUCUCCCAUAUCCACUCAGUCCUCUGUGAUUGGAACAAUGGCGAGCAAGCUGGAUGUGCAGGUGACAAUGACAUUGCCGCAGCUGGCCAAUAACAAUGGAGGAAUACCAGCACACAUGUCUAGUGCCCACGGAAACCCUGUGGUUACAGAAAAAGAAAUGGGCAUGAACUUAACUAAAAGUGCUAAUGAGUCUUUCCCAACAACUACAUGUAUGCUGAAUACCGUGUCCUCAACAGGCAUCGGGAAGUCUGUUAUUGCGAGUGCUCACUCCCAUCUAGUACAGGGUGCUAACAAGCAUUUAGCUAGUGUUGAAAUGAGUCCUCGUCGAACAGAGGCAAGUAAUUCUGGCAAGAAACAAAACAUGUCGGUUGUUAGUGCCACCAAAAUGCAGAAUAUUUCUUCUCACCUUCCCAGUCGGAAUGCAGAGAAGUCCAACGUUCCUUCUGCUGUUGCUAGUGGUGAACGACAGCAACAGAGCGUGUCCGCCGCUCCUACGUGUGUGGUUCAUCCAAUCACCACCACCUCACUAAGCAGGCAGCCCCACAACAUGCCAGCCAUGAUCCAGCCCCCGACUGGCGGAGAUCCCUUCUUCUCUGAACACAAGAUCAGAGAGGACAUGACCAAAGAGAAGCUGCAGCAGUUUCACAUGCAACUGAUGCAGGACUUGAAUCAGCAACAAUUAGCAAAAAUGAGUAAAGCUGCACAGAAGCAGGAGAUGUUCAAAGAAAAUACUCAGAGACCACCGAGUGCUCACAGUAACCAGCAUAAACAGUCACUCCCAGGCGACGCCCAUGUCAGACUCACACAAGAGCAGGCUUUUCUAUCAAUGCAGCAAGAAUUUCAGUCCCAGCUCUUACAUUCCAAACAAGGGUUCUAUACUCCAUCCUUCUGGGCUCACCAUCCUCAUCUACAGCCGGUGGGUGUGAAGAUAGAUGACAAGAAGGCGGAAGUGAAAACCACGUCACCAAGUCUAAAUCACCAACAAUAUAACAUCCUAGAUGCCAGCUCUCAGCACCCUCAGAUCAAAUCCCCAGCGUUGGCCCAGACAGCUCCAAACAUUCAUCAAAUGGGGCAUCAGCUGCCCAACAAUACUAGUCCUCCAAACAGUGCCAAUAAAAAGAUUCUGGAGAAGUCUAACACCACAAUGAGAUGGGGGAACGAGUUGGUGAUGUCAGCACAUGAAGGACCCAAGUCUCAACUUCCAUCGCACGAAGCACCAAGAGCAUCUCCAAGGGAGCACUGGGCUCAGCCAAGCAACAUGCAUCCCCAACCAGGACCCAAACCUGCCCACCAACAGUCAGAGGUUAACCCUCCCAUGUCUCAAAAGGAGCACAUCAAAAAGAAGAGGGCAGAGGAGCGAAAGCAGCAGGAGUUGGAGGAAUUACAUUUUCAGAGACAGAGAGAGCUACAUUUCAAACAACUUCAGAUGGAGCAAGCUGCCCAUCGUAAGGCGAGUGGGUCCACAUCCAACCAGCCCACUGACAUGAGGCAGACGGCCCAUGUUCCUGGGCAGCAGAGACCAGAUGGGCAGUUAGACAACAAGAACUUGAUGGACCCCCACUUUGUUCAGCAUCCUAUGUAUCCUGGUAUACCAGACUUGCGAAGACCUCCCUCUCAAAACCAAAGUGCUUUCACACCCCCAAUAUCUGGAACGGACAUUUCUCAAGCAAUUCCUGCCCACAAGAACUACGCUGAAAUUCAACAGCAGUAUCAACAACACCCACACUUGUACAACGUGCACAUGGAACGCUUGUUCUCAUCCAGACUACCCCCUCAUUAUCUGCCUCAGCCCGGUCUGCCCAUUCAGGAUCUGACAGACCCAGGACCAGCUGGUAGAAGUAGGUCCCCCCACGUACAGAACCCUCCAGUCCCUGCCCAGACCUCCAAACACAGGGAGCAGGGAGAGCAGCUGAGCCGAUCCAUGCACGACAACCCCAUGAACAUACCACCCCGGGCCAUCCAGGAGGCCCCAGCCCCACCCGGGGGAGAGGGCAGUCUGCUCAGUCUUCUGCAGCGUUAUCCUGUGAUGUGGCAGGGAGUACUAGCUCUGAAGAAUGAUCAGUGUGUGGUGCAGUUACACAUGAUCAAUGGAUUUGAACAGUUGGUGAAACUGUCCCUACCUCAACAAGGUCCAGACGGCUCGGUCCAACCUCUCCGGAUCGCUCAGAGAAUGAGGUUGGAGCCAGCACAGCUGGAUGGAGUCAUUAAACGCAUGAAGUUUGACAAUGACUAUUGUAUGCUGCUGGCUUUACCCUGUGGAAGAGACCAUGAUCACAUCAUUGAGCAGACGAGAGCGAUGACAACUGGAUUUAUUCAGUACCUGCAGCAGAAACAAGCGGCUGGGAUAGUCAAUGUAGCUGAGCCCGAGACCCAGCAGCCGGCCUAUGUGGUACACAUUUUCCCACCAUGUGACUUUUCACGCAGCACGUUGGAGCGGCUUGGGUUUGGGUUGAUGCAGCCUCUGAGGGAUUUGGCUCAUCUACUUGUGAUCAUUACGACUGUGGCAUAGAUAUAUGGAAGUGUUUAACAGAUCACCCUGUGAUUAACCUGAAAAAGACAACUCGGAUUAUUUAACAAAUCAGAGGAUGGAAUGUAGAUAUUAUUUUCAUUCUCUGUGUGUACUGGAGCGUACCUUUAAUUCUGUGGUUUCAGAAUUAAAAAAAAAAAUGAAACUUACCAGGCUUUUGAAAAGCCUGAACUGAAAAUCAUAUUUUGUUGAAAUAGGGCAUUUCUCUUUGUUGUGAGAUAGUGCAUUGGAUGUAUACUCUGAUGUUAUGUGGAUUAGCAUUUCUCAUGAACAAUUGGAUUUAAUUUCAUUGGAUUAUGAUAUGUUGAGUGCUUCUGUUGACCAUGUAUAGUGGAUGUAUAGUAACACUGCCUGGCUGUAGUGUUACCUACUAUUUAUUGCGGCCCUGGCCACUCUCUGUGUGGCAGGGGACCAUUCGUGGAUUCAUUAUUAGUGCUGUUGUAAAUACCCGUCCCUGUUUAUCCAAUUAAGGUCACAUUGACACGGUGCAGACGUGUGAGGAUUUCCCAUUGGCUAUGUACUCGUCAUGAAAAUCAUGUCAUUGAUGUAAAUUUGUGGUCCUUUUUUUUUUUUUAUUAAUAUCAUUAUUAAUAUAAAAUAUUAAACCAACAUGAUUGUAUUGUACAAAAAAAAUUGACUGUAUAGUUUGUAUUGUGUAAAAAAAAAAAGUGAUGACAAUAAUUUGUACAUACUAGUAUGCUUAUGGUGUUACAAAUAGUUUUAAAUGUUGAUAUAACUUAUAGUGUCUGUGAUAAGUCAAUUUCUAUGAAUUGUUUGAAUUAGUGGCUGGUACAGUGUGUACGUGUGUGUGUGUCUGUCUGUAGGCCACCAUGUGGAGUACCCGCCUCAGGUUUGGUGUUCCCUCUUCAUCCUUGUUAUGUGUAUGUGGAAAUCUGUAUGUGUGGAGUUUGUAUUUGGAGUCUGUAUGUGGAGUGUGGAGUCUCCUAUGUGCAGAGUUUCUAUGUGGAGACUGUAGGAGGACUCCACUAUUUGAGUGGUCACUGUGCAGUAGAGGUGAGAGUCAGACUCAGUAUGAACUUGUCUAAGGUCUGGUUUUUUCUGUAAUUAUGGAUUGACUUAAAAUAAUUCUCCAAUUUAUAAAAAGUCCUACAGAACAAAAUGUAGUGGAUUCCUAUUAUCAUUUGUAGAUUUUAUCAUGUGAAAAUUGGAACUUUUAACAAAAUAAUAGAACAAGCUGACUUCUGUAAGAAUUAUUGUUGACUUGUAUGCUUGGAUGUUCAUCAUGUCUCAGAUCUCAUAAAGGCAGCUAUUUAUCACUUGAAUGACAUCAUGGAAUGAUUGAAGAAGAAUGUGUUGUUACGAGUCUGUAGUGUGUGUGUGUGUCGAUAUGGUUGUCUGGUUUGUAAAACUGUUGAUUUGUGUGUACAAAUAGAAACUAACAAAUUUCCAUCAAAUCUUCUGUGCUGGUCAUUAUGAGGUUUAUCUUUUUUCAAAUUUUCGAUUUUACAAUUUUGAAAUGCAAAAAAAAAAAUUUUGGCUGAUGAUUGAAAUUUAGAUAAGAAGAAAAAAAUAGUUCAUAUCUUGAGAAAAGUUUUGUUUUGAUUGUUUGGUGCUAUAUUGUGAUACUUUUUUCUCUCAAGUAAUGGUGUUCGUCCCUCAGUAACAACCCAACAGUACCGUCUGUCCCAGACUAAAUUGCUUUAGUACAUCAAUCAUGAGCAUGAACCUCUGGCAAAGCAAAUAUAAUUCAUAUAUUCAACAAUUUUUUUCUUCAAAUAUUCCAGAUAUCAUAAAUUUGGUUUGGGUUUUUCUUAUUAAUCUGAAUUUACACAGUAAUAAAUGCAAUCGCAGAUACCUGGGGGAAGGAACGGCCAGACAUAGCUGGAUUUAAUGGUUAGAUCUAUCUUCCAUUGAGAGCAGAGUUUUAUUUUUGUAAACCUGUGUUAGUUUAACUAUUUUAUGUGGCUCAAUUGUAUAUAUCUCAUCCUCACUUUUGUCAAACUUUUCUUCAGAGAAUGCUUUAAGAGAAUAAAGUACAAGCUAAUGAUAUAAAAAUUA